UACGUGUUAACGCCACAUACUGUGUGUUAGAGGAGACAUGCUUUUAUUUUGAAAGCACAGCUAGGUGGCUAAUCAGCAGGUCCUUCGCGUCGACUCCUGUAGAGGUCAGCCGGUGGACCCGGCGGACUGAUGGCUGUCUAUGAUGCGGAGGAAUACUGACGUGUACAGCUCUGGCCCAGUGGCCGCCCACCAGGACAAGCAGUGUUAUGGAUAGAGCUCCGCAAUGACGCACAACAGCCUCGCUUAUUCCCAGCUGUCGGCCAAGGCCGCCGCCCUGCGGAUGAUUCACCUGCCGCUGUCCGUGUGCGGUUCUGUGGCACGACUGCAGGUGAGCCCGGGAACCAAGAAACUGGUUGCCGCCACCGUCUUCGGUGCCGUAUCACUGCUCUUUCUGGCCCGCCACUUCCAGAGGAGGCGGGGCCGAAAGAAGGCCGUGGCAUCGCCAUGGGAGCAAGCCGCCCUCCAGCUCUUCUCUUCGUCCGCCGCUGCCGCCAUGGAGGACGAUAACACCAGUCAGCAGAUCACGCAGUCCCUCAAGUCCAAGUCCGGCUUCUCUACUGGGGCCCACAGAGAAUGUUGUGGGUCUGUGCUGAGCCUGUCUUCGGUGCAAAGUGUGGACUCGUCCAGCAGUGACACCUGUGCUGUGGAACCCAGCUGCUGGGACCGACUGAGCGAUGCUGACCUCUGCAGCGUGGUCACCACACCCGAAAACCUGUACCUCAUGGGUAUGGACUUAUUCGAGGAGGCUUUGCGACGCUGGGAGGAGGCCUUGACGUUCCGUAGCAAGCAGGGCGAGGACGACCUGAGUUGUGUAUCCGUCAAGAUGGGCGCAGAGGAUGCCAUCGCCGAGCAGAACAUGGAUGACGUCAUCAGUGCAGAGUUCGUCCACAGGCUGAAGUCUCUGCUGCAGAGGGCUUACCUUCUCCAGGGGGAGUUUGAGGGCGUGUUGGGCAUGUCGGAGCCUUCAUCGAACACGGCCAGCCGGGACAUUUUGGCCCGGGACGAGCAGGAUGAUGUGUAUCUGAGGGACAGCAUCAGCAUUGCCUCCACAGACUCCUUUGUCUCCGCCACCGAGCUGUCGGAGCACAGAGAGCUACGUAGCAUCUACACACUGACUCAUCGCCCUUUCUACGAGGAGGCCUUACAGAUGGCAGAGGAGGGCAAGAUCUCCUGCAGGGUGCUGCGGACGGAGAUGCUGGAUUGCCUGGGAGACAUCGACUUCCUGGCCAAGCUGCACUGCGUGCGGCAGGCAUGUCAGCUCAUUCUGUGUGAAAGGACCACCAGGUUGUUCCUGGCCGACACCAGCAAGAAGAUUCUGUCCUCUAUCAUGGUCAAAGCACAAAAGAGCCCAAAGAGAUUUGAGGAAGUGUUUGAAGAGAUGAUGUUCUUCUUGGAGCAGACGGAGCACUGGAAGAACACAGAGGUGGAGCUCGCCACAAGUGGGGUGAAACACUUGAACUUCUAUGACAUUGUCCUGGACUUCAUCCUCAUGGAUUCCUUUGAAGACCUGGAGAACCCACCCAUCUGCAUCCAGAACGUUGUCAACAACCGCUGGCUCAACAGCUCCUUCAAGGAGACGGCCGUGGCGUCCAGCUGCUGGUCUGUGCUCAAGCACAAGAGGCAGCACAUGAAGGUUGCAGAUGGCUUCAUUGCCCGCUUCUACACGCUAUGCGAGCAGAUCAGUCCCGUCCUGGCGUGGGGCUUUCUGGGUCCAAAGAGCCCCCUGCAUGACUUCUGCUGCUUCUUCAAGGACCAGGUACUCCACUUCCUCAAGGAUAUAUUCGACCUGGACAAGGUGCGCUACUCGUCAGUGGACAGUCUGGCAGAGGAUAUGUUGCAUCUGCUACAUAGACGCUCUGAACUGAUGCUGGCCUACCUGGGUGCAGACUCCCUGCCACCCACCAGCAGUUGCAAUGCCACCCUGCAGCUGAUGCCCUGCCCCCUCAUGAAGGCUUGUGUUCAGUGAUGUAGUGCUGAAGGCUUGAAGAUGCAUGGUAUGUCUAUCAUGACAAUGAGGCUCUAUGUGCGAUCAUCUGUACAGCUUUCUUUGCAAAAUCUUGACUGCACAUUUGGUCUAAGAUAUCAAGAGCAAUAAUGUCACUUGUCCUGUAAGUGUUCAAAUGUUAAGUAUACCCUUGCUUGCAGCUAUUGACUAUAGAAGUCAUUUGUGUCCUUUUAAAAAGCUUUAGAUAGGAUUACAGAUUGAAGGAAAUCCAAGCCAUUAGAUCACAUUUAAUAUUUUACUAUACUUCAAACACAUAGGGUAUUUUUAGACAUUUGUGUAUUAUUGUGGGCAGAAUUUCACUGUAUAAAGAUGGAUGUGCUAUACAUCCCUACAACUAUUCCAAGUGCAUUUGUGUUGUACUACUGAUUUGCAAGUUGCUUCAAAGGAAUGCGUGUUCCCAGUGCAGGAGAACAUGACUGACGCUGAAGGAUCAUGCACAGGUGAAAACAUCUAAAUGCAUUGACUGUGCACUCACCUUCACUGUCAGCUUCGGUGUUUAAAUGUUUUUCAUGCACCUGUCUGUGCAUUCAUGUCCAUGUGAAAUAAAAGUUGGGACGAGUCUGUCGGGGGCACAUUUGUUACACCUUUAUUAAUUGAACAGAUUCAAACAGCACAUGAAUGGUCUUUACCUCAAAUGCAUGCUUCCUCCUGCUUAAUACCCCCCAAACAUCCCCCAUUUCCUCCCCAACACCAUCAUGAAAGUUGUAAAAACGCAGAGCCUGAGUGGGACAUUUGAAAUGACACAGCCUAAUAAAAGACAACAUGUUCAAAGUACA